UGAUUGGCAGCAGGCCUUCCCACCCACUCCGCGCCCAUUGGUACCUGAGGAGGUCAUGUGGCCGCCCUUAGCAACGCGCCCGAGCUUCCUUAGCAACGGGCGCCGAGGCGCGGGCUGACACUUCUCACAAUGAGUCAGUUUUACAAUGACGUCGAGCCAAACAUUAUCGAUGAUGAAAUGGUUCUGAAAGCCGUUGAAAAGACGUGUCCAGAGGACCUUGGAGAACUUGCCCAAGGGGAAAAUAUUAACUUUAAGGAUGUGACAGAGCUACAGCUUAGCUUUAAAAGUAUCCUGCAGAUUGAUAAUCUGUGGCGGCUGGAGAAUCUGACUAAACUGCAGCUGGACAACAAUGUCAUUGAGAAGAUAGAAGCUCUGGAGAGUCUGGUUCACCUUGUAUGGCUUGACUUGUCCUUCAACAAUAUUGAAGUAAUUGAGGGCCUGGAUACCCUUGUCAAACUGCAAGACCUCAGUCUCUACAGUAACAGAAUAUCUAAAAUUGAGAAUAUGGACACGUUGCAAGAGCUGCAGAUUUUCUCCAUAGGGAAGAAUAACCUGACCAAUCUGGAAAAUGUUGUCUAUCUCAGGAGGUUAAAAAGCUUACGGACACUGAACCUGUCUGGGAACCCCUUCUGUGAUGACAAGCAGUACAUGCUGUUUGUUGUUGCUCAUCUUCCAAACCUGGUGUACUUGGACUUCAAGCUCGUGAGAGACACCACGAGAGAAGAUGCAGUUUCAAAGUAUCAAGAUCUUACUAAGCCCUUGGAACAAGAAGAGGCUCGGGCCCUUGCUCUUCAGGAGAUAAAACAGGCAAAGCAGGAAGAGCUGGAGUACCAUGAGACAGCCUUUGUUGAGCACCUGAAUGGAUCAUUCCUGUUUGACAGUCUGUAUGAAGAUGAUACAGAAGCUGCCAAACUGGCUUCCCUCCCUGGAGUGGGGGACCUGCUGCAGGCAUACAGGAAGGAGUUUGUCUCAGUUUGUGGGAAACUGUAUAACUAUGGACUGGAAGAGUAUGAAAAACGAGAAGCUGAAGUCUCUGAUUUCUACAAAAAACUUCAUGAAAUUCUAUUAGCCAGCCAGGAAGAGAGCAAGAAAGCAAUGUUUGACUUUGAAAAUCGGAACAAACAGAGGCUGGAUGAGAUUCAUCAUGCCAGGAGUUACGAUGUUGCUGAGUCUAAACGAGCCGAGUGCCAGGAGGACAUCCUUCAGCUGUCAGGUACACUCAUGACCUUGGAAGCGCUGCUAUCCAACGAGCUGGAGGAGCAGUUACAGGGUUUUAAAAGAACCAUUGAUGUCAUAGUAUCAACAUUCAUGGAAAAUGUUAAAGAGAUGAUGGGCCAGUGCCGGGACCUGGAAAACCAGUACCAUGAAAAGCUGAUGGAGAUUGCUCUCACCACAUUGGAGAAAUCACUCAAGGGCAAGCUUGAGGAGGAUUUGCCAGCUGAUGUUCUAACGCUCCUCGUGGACAAAAACACCAUUGUCAACGCCGUCAACAUGUCCCACAGCAUCCGCCUGCGGAAGAUUGAUAAGCGGGAGAGCGACAUGCUCUGCAACACCUACCACUGGCACAUCUCCGUGACCGAGAAGGCUUUCCAAACUGAGAGCGACAGAAACCGUGCCUGUAUCGAAAGGAUCAUGUCCUACAUCAACACUCUCCAGAAAGAGCUGGAUAACACAAAGAUCUAGGAGCCUGUGGAAUAGGGCUGGGCAGCUGCCUCAGCUGGGGGCACACAGGACAGCCCCCAGCAGGAACAGCUGCCUCUAUGCCCGAGCUGCCUGGGACGUUUCCAACCAAAAGCACGUUUCUUCCAUCCCACCAUAAACCGCAAAUAAAAGCUACUUCUUGACUCUG